GAAGGAGACAUGCCGGAGUAACUACAAUUUUGGGAGUUUCGCUUCGUAAAGGAUUAAACCAACCACGUAAUGAUAAUGCCAUUUCUCUUUUAUUUUUUAGUAAUAAAUUAUCUAUAAGUAUCGGUUAAUGAGAAAAUAACAAAGUUGGAGAGAGUUUUGUAGCAAGCACUUUGUUGGAGAAGAAAACUGUAAUUGUAAUAGAUUUGAACUAUUGGAGAAAGUACGGGAACUUUCUGUUAACAAACCACGCUGAAAAUAAAUAUGGAUUGUUUCCAUAAAGUUUUACUGCUGUUUGUAUUAGUUAGUCUUCAACUAGCUGAAGCUAUGUAUUGGUUGGCACUUGGUACCCAAACAUCAGCCAUAGAUACAACACACCAUUCCAAACAUCUUAGGAAUCAAUGCAAUGCUUUAUACUUGCACCAACACCAACGCGAAGUAUGUUGGAAUUACACAGAUCUUAUCAGAAGUGUAGGGGAAGGUGUUCGACUCAGUAUAGAUGAGUGUCAGGAGCAAUUCAGGUAUCGGAAGUGGAACUGCAGUAUAGGAAAGAAAGGGUCAGUUUUUGGACCAAUGAUUCGAAAAGCGAGUCGUGAGUCCGCCUUCAUUAGUGGUAUAACAUCAGCGGGUGUAGCCUACGCAGUGACUGAAACAUGCGCAGAAGGAAGAUCAAUGCAUUGCCGUUGUGAUAAUAGCAUUCGUGGUAAGACAGAAGCGGGCUGGCAGUGGGGUGGUUGUAACCGCCCUAUAUCGUAUGGUAUAUGGUUUUCAAAGUUAUUCAUUGAUCAAGUAGAGGUGCUAACCAGAAAGAAGCGACAUCCACGAAAACAAAUGAACUUGCAUAAUAACCAAGCUGGUCGUGAGAUAAUUCGUCACAACUUAUGGACAAGAUGCAAAUGUCAUGGUAUGUCUGGAAACUGCAACGUGAAAACAUGUUGGCUCGCUCAACCAAAAUUUCCCGAGAUCGGUAAAAAAUUGAAAGACAGAUACGACUCCGCCCACGAGAUGGAAUUUGAAUACAAAAUAAAGAAGAACGGCAAGAAAAAAUUCAAAAAGCUUGUACCAAAGUAUAAAGAGUAUUUACCACCAUCGCCUCUAGACUUUAUAUACUAUGACGAAUCACCAGACUAUUGCACAAAUAACAACAGCCUGGGUAUUAGUGGUACAAAGGGUCGUCCAUGCAACAUAAGUUCUUCAGGGGUAGACGGGUGUGAACUAAUGUGCUGUCGUCGAGGAUAUAACGUUGAUAUAGUACAAGAGUCAAAAUCUUGUAACUGUCAAUUUGUGUGGUGCUGUAGUGUGAAAUGUGAUACUUGCACAGAAGCUGUUCCGAAAUAUACAUGCAAAUAAAAUAUGUGUACACGUGUAUUAAUCUGAUUGGAGGAGAAGUUGAGUUAUGGUAAAGACGUACGCCAAAAUGAAGAUACGUACGCCAAAGUGAGGCUAUUUAUUGAAGGAAUAUAUAAUAAGUGGAGCACAUCCUGUAGUUAAAAGAAUUUGUUGUAUGCCAUGCAUAGUGAAGUUAAAAAAGUAGAACACAGCUUGAUCUUACAGAUCUGUUAAAUACACAAGGAGUACCAUGGAGACGAUUUUCAAAACAAAACCGACGACGGGUUUGUAAUUCAUUUCCAGGCACCUAAUUUAAACUAGACCAGCUAUGUAUGGGUAGCUUAGCAACUAAAAAUAAAAAAUCUCUUUCAGUCACGUAUUUAUCUAUUACUUUAUUUAUUAAAAGAAAGAGGAGGCAGCACCAGUAACCAUGACGACCACACAAAAACAUACAGAGAUUUGUUGUUUUUCAAUAUGUAAUUUAUUCUUUUUUUGUAUAUAUGUUUUCUCUCGUUUGUUUGACAAUUUUUCGAUGUUAUAUUUUUAUACAUAUACAUAUGUUAGUUUUAUAAAUUACAAUUUUUAUUUAACAAAGUGUGGAGUGUACAUAGUAAUGCUAUGAGAUUUUCUGAGAGGUUAGAAUAUGUAUAUCAUGAGUGCUUGCAACUUUAUAGUAGUGAGCCGCCCUGUUUAGUUUA